GCCGCCAUCAAAAGUCACACACGAAAUCGAGGCUUGACGUUGGUUUUACGUGCGCGCUAUGACUGGCGAAAGAAAAAAGUAGAAACUAUUUCCUUCACUACUCUGCAAAACAAUAAUAUACAUAGUAUAGCUUUAGAAAUGAGUCAUGAACAAUGCCGAAGAAGAUUAUGAUACUGCCGAGUAUGAAAGAGAGAUUUUAGGUGAUGAGAUACAGCGAAUUCAGCUAGCUCUCGGUGGAAAUGAUUCUGAAGAGUCAGACUCGUUCGAAGAAUCGAGUGAGGAAGAAGAUGAAGGUUUGGACGGUUCUUCAGAUCUUGUUAUUCAUUCCUUGAAUUCCCACUCAAAAUUAAAUACGCCCCUGGCAAACGGUUUCAACAAGCAUUCGAUUUUAUCAAAUCAGCCUCUUCACCGUAACUAUGAUGAAACACCGAUAAGCCAUCAAGGUUUCAAUUUAGCUAGCACACUGACACCUUUAGUUUGUACUGCUUCUACUGAAGAGAAUGAUUCUCAUUUGACUGAAUUAAAGCCUGUGAGACAGGAAGAUCAAACAGUAGUAGCCCAAAUAGAAAACUCUUUUCGUCAUCAGCUGCACAGUGCAAGUAUACUAGGAACUCAUAAUGUACCAAAAGGCAUACAAGAAAACAGCUUUGAGCAGAGCAACAUUGAACAGAACAGCUUUGCCCAAAGUAUUGAUAAUACAAGUGUGUGUAAUCCUGGUCCUUACAGCAUCAAUACCUGUGAUCCACAUUACCAAACAUAUGAGAAUAUGUACAGUACAACAGAUGCUGGUAAUACUGAAUAUCGAAAUACGGAGGAAGGUGAAGAGAGCAACUCAGAUGAGAGCGAUGAUGAGGAAUCAUCAGAUGAUGAUGACUUGGGAGAUGUGGCUUACAUGUCUACUAGGGAAGUGCUAGAACAGAGUCUUCAAACCAAUAGAAAUUAUCAGGCUGUUAUUAUUGAACAAUUGAAAGAAAUUGAGAUUGCCUUAGCGAAAAACAGGGAACAACAGUUAGGCCUUAUGCAAGUUACUCUGAGUCCUGACCAAGAAGCGCACCAUCCUCUGCCAUCACUCACCAAGUUCUGUAAGCCCUACUUUAAAGAUUCUUCUGGAAUGGGCCCACCAGAUAACCAAGAUGCUAUUAACAACAAGUACCAUGCCAACAUCCUAGCAUAUGAGAAUGCAUCAAGUGCUUGGAAAGCAAAUGACAAGAAGGCCUUGGCCUUAGCUGUGAGGAUGCAAAACCUAAAGGGACGACUUGACCCUCUAGUCUCAAGGUUGAAUGCGCUUGGAAAGACCAAAGAAGAUGCCAAGGAGGCCAAAAGACUGAGGAAAACGAUUGCACAGACCAAAGGUUUGCUAGAGAGUGACCCGAAAUCACUGGAGCAUGACCUCCUUAGCAUUGACUGGGAUGAAGUUGCUGCCAGAUAUCUUCCUAAACGUACAGCGAUGGAGUGCCAGCUCCAGUGGAGCCAUUUUGGACACCCUAGGGUAAACAACAAGCCAUGGACUAAGUACGAGGACAAGAUGCUGUUGAGCCAAGCAUCAGUUAAUGCCAGCUGGAAUGUGAUUGCACAAAGCUUGCAGACAAACAGAACUCCCAUUCAGUGUUUUCAGAGAUAUCAGAGAAGUCUUAACAAGACGCUGCUAAAAAGUAAAUGGACACCUGAGGAAGAUCGACAGCUGAUUGAGCUCGUGAAGAUGUUUGGCGAAGGCAACUGGCAAAAAGUUGCUGGUUACAUGGAGGGUCGUAUGGGAGAACAAGUUAUGCAUCGCUACAUGAAGGCUUGCAAACCGACCAAGAAAGGGAAGUGGACUGCUGAAGAGAAUGAGUGUUUGCUCAAGGCAAUCGAGGAGGUUAAAGAGCUCAACUGGGAAAGGAUUGCUGAACUAGUACCUGGAAGAACAGGCACCCAGUGUAGGGAGAGAUAUGUGAAUGUUGUCAAUCCGAGUCUCAACAAGGGCGAUUGGACAAAGGAAGAAGAUGACAUCCUACUUGCUGGAGUUGACCGAUAUGGGCAAGGUUCUUGGUCUAAGAUUGCUAAGGAGCUAGGGACGAGAACUGAUAACCAGUGUUGGCGUCGAUGGAUACAGCUUAGAAAAUCUGAUUAUCUUGAUUACCGCUUCAACACCUUACGCAAAAAGCGAGAGAUGCCUCGGAACUUUGUUGGUAGAAAAAAGGACAGGCCCACCAUAGGGCCAAAGGACUUGGAUAUCCAGGACAUCGAUAUCAAAGAAAUUACUAAUCAGGAUAUAAGGAUACCCUGCAAGAAGAAAAGCGCCCCGGAUGUCAAUAAGAAAACGCCUAAAACGAUUGCCAAGAGGUUGGGGACAAAAGACGAGACAACCCCCGAAGCUAAAGAAAUAAAACCCAAGCCAAAGCGGACGCUUAAACGGUCUGCGGAACUUACAGUUGUCAAGAAGGAAGCAACGAGUCCAGUUAGAAAAACGAGAGCGGCAGCAACUGCUCCACGUGCAACGAGAACUAGACGGAAGAUAAGUACAUCGUCGUCCAGUGAAGACGAGGAAGAUUGGGGUAGUAGUGUCUUGGAUAAUGUACCUAAUGUUGCUCAAAGGAGAAGCGAAAGAAAGAGAAAGCUGGUUAAAUUCGUCUAUGAGUCAGCCGAGGAUGAGGAGGAGGCGAUUUCUGAUGACGCCGAUGAAUCCCAGAUCACAGAGAAAGCUAGGUCAACGCCCUCGCCCCGUUCGGUGGACGUUCAGCCAAGCCAAUCUUUGAAGCAACCUGUUACACCCUCGCCCAAAAAGAAAGUUAUGGUACAACCAAGGAAGAAAAUCAAGCAAGAGCCUCCAGACAAUGGUGUGGAAUCCGCGCGUUCGCCUACAACACCAAGCGGUACCCAGCAAGAAGUGCGGGUCGAUAGCAAGCUUUCUGCGUUUUCUCUUUUACUACAGGCGUUCCAAAUAGAUACUCUGAACGUCCUCAAGACCCUUCAAAAACAAACGCCUACAGCGUCAAGUGCUGGAGGUGUUGUGGGGUGUGCUCAAACGCCAUCAACCGUGGCAAUAGCAUCUCCCCAGUCAGCCAACACAGCAACAAGUACAACUGUCCCUGUUUCUUCCCACGUUACACCAGCCACUGGGUGUAAUACAACAAUGGCUACGUCAACGGCCACGGUCCAGUCAAUAGACACAGAGCAGUCGCCCAUAGUGAUAACAUCAGUAACUCCGCCAUCUACGACUAUGGUGCCACAGAAGGCUUCAGUCGCUACGUCGCCAACUACCACGGUGCAUUUUCAGAGGUUAGAGAAACCAUCUGUUGCUAGCUCCCUGAUGCCGUCAUCAGAUUCUACAGUAAUGACGUCCCAAGAUACUUCUAUGAAGACGUCACCAGAAGCUACAGUUGUACCAUCGUCAAAUGACAUACGGGCUAGGGAAGAAGCGCCAUCUUCAGCCAACUUUCAGUUAUCUACAUCAGAAGCAUCGAGGGACUUUUCCUCAACAGUGAAUUUAUCCACACAUACUGCUACUGCGAAUAGGCCGCCAUCUUUAACCACAGUGCAUUCGUCUCCAUCAUCAGCUGUUACAGAAAGCUCUUCUUCGACUAAAGUUAAUUCAUCUGCUUCUUCAGUAGGUGCGGAGUCAUCUUCAACCAGAACUGCAUCAACAACCUUAUCCAGUCGAAUUGACCGAAUUCUUGAACAAAAUGAUGCAGUUCUGACUAGCUUAGCACCUCGGGACUUAAGUAGAUCAAACUCGCAGCUCACACCCAGCGCAGGUAGCACGCUGACCAAACGGCUGUUUAUCCCACCGCUGCCACCAUGUCGUACCACAUUAAAGGGAUUACAGACCUUGCUAGGUCUUAAAGAGCAAUUGCGGGCUAGAGCGGCACAAGUGCCCAAGAUACCACGCCCUAAAUGCAUUGACAAAGAAGUUCAAACAUUGAAGGAUCCGUCAAUUUAUAAUAACGAACAAAGUAGUAUACCCGCGUCUUCAAAUAAACCCAGUGAAACGAUGACACAUACAGAGAAAAAGGCGCCAGAAGAAGAGUUUUAUGGCCAUGCUCUGUCAAUCGUUGAUACAUUUUCUAACGGCAAGGACAAGUCUUCUCGAGAGCAAGACAAGCAUAAGGUAUCAUCCAAGACAGGUGUGACAGGUGAAAAGGGAGACAAGGAGUUGACAGUUGUUACUGUGUCCACAUCUGAAAACCCUAAAACACAUUCCUGUAAAGAUAAGAACGUUAAUCGUUCUGAAAAGGAGAUGUUAAGUAAAACAGGCUCUGCGGUAGCUAAACCUGCUGAGAACAAUGAAGACCGAGAAUUAAAGUCAAUCACAGAGGGUUCAUCCUCAUCAAAUAAUCCUGUUGCCUCUCAGCCUGAAAGUGAGAAAGGUGAAAUUUCCGAAGAAAUGUCGAAUGGGACAGCUAUUGCUGAUAACCGGACCGCGGUUGACGAAAGUGGAGGCCGCGAUAAUGCUACAACAUCUACUAUUGUGAAUCAACAGGGAGCAAGUGCUAUCCAAUCUCUACAUCGUCAGGUCACCCCUGAAAAUGUUGGUGUGGCAGGCAUUGCUUCUGCUGUGCAAGGCUUGUACCAAUUGUCUAUGGAUUACAAACUAUUGUUCUCGCGAUUCAAUAGCCUUUUUCUUUGGCCAUUGCUAAUGGAAAAAGUGCCCUUGAAGGGACCACACCCUAUGAACCUUUACUCAUAUCAGUCAGUACCCCGUUACUGGACAACGCCUACACAUGGUGGGCUGCGGCUCUAUGAAGAGAGGAGGUUUGUAAACAAAAAUGUCCAGGUUGGCGUUUCUGCGAUUGCUAAACCACCACAGCUAACAUCAAAGAUACAAACGCCCAACUCUUAUCUUGGUACUCUCUCCACUGCCACAAAGCGUGCUAGCUCUAUUUCUACCAAAACGCCCAAACGCACUCCCCCAUCUGUUCCUGUGAGGUCUAGCAGCAGAGCAACUAAGAUUUCCUACAAGGCCUACCUUCAAUCAGAUGAUGAAGAUCUUUUGGAUGAUUCUCAGACAUUGUCACUGGCAGAGGCUGCAGAAGUUGUUUCCAAGAAUCAAAGAGAAAAGGCCGCUACACAAUCAAAUACACCCGCCUCUCGUCUACCACCUAGAGGUAAACCAUCGAAGCAAGCCAGACCAAAUCCACCCAAAGCAUCAAAACCAUCUAAAAAGGCAAAACAUGACCAAAGCAUUCCUCAAGGAAGUCUAUCAUUGUCAUCAAGGCCUAACAAUUCGGCCAGUGCAAGUCUACCCAAAACACCAAUAGGAUCAUCUACAAAUGCAAACGUCAAGAACACUUCUAAGAGAAAAACACAGCAACUGAUGGAAGAACAAUCAACGCCAACUUCUCGUAAACGCAAGGCCUUUACGCCUAAAAAGCUCGUUAAGAGACCCCCACUUGAAGUGAAAGUUUUGUCUCGUCCGAAAAAGCGUAAUGCUGUCUUAAAAAAGGAACCUGUGUGACUUGGUACCCGAUAACCCAUCACCAGGCGAGAUACAUUAUGGCAAAAUCAAUAUAAUGUAAUUUCUGGUCGCCGUCCCGUCCAGAAUUCGUGCCCAUGCAACUUUUUUUAUCAAUAUUUUUUCUCUGUUAAACCCCUAGAAGCAUGUGAGUUUUGCGUUCUUCGAUUACAAGAAAUUGCAAAAGGUAGCCAUCCCGUCACGCCAUACAUCGAAGGUUGUAUUUCUGUUAACACAUUCACUGCAACUAAAAAAGUAUCGCAAUAGUGCCUAUGAAUGGAUGAAUGAAAAAUUGAAAUUAAAAACUACGCCCGCAUGCGUGCUUCUGAAGAAUAAAUUGCGAAUAAACGAAAUAUAUUUUUACAUGGCCCAUAUCACGUAUUACACAACUUAUCUUACUUAGCUGACUAAAAGUUCUUCAUUUAGACCAUAAUUGCGAUUUUACCUGUUACAGUGAGAGUGAUUUAUACCACCCUUUCAGGAACUGGCAAACGACGCACUGAAACAAGGAAAUAAAAUUCCAAUACACUUG